AUGGCAAAAGAGUACAAUGUUCCCUUUGAGCUGGACAAUCCAGAACUACUGAAGUUCGAUUCCUUUGUCAACAAGUGGAUUCAAUCAAAGAGCGGCGCCAGUUUCGAGGUUGUCGAUCCUGCCACAGAUACUCCCUGGGCCAGCUGCCCUACAUUCACAGCCCAAGAUGUCCCUCAAGUUGUUGAAGCAGCACAUGCAGCAUUUCAGAAGUUUUCAAAGACGUCCCCUCGACAGCGUGCGGAAUGGAUUAUGAAAUGGGAUCAGCUUAUCAAAGAAAACAAGAUGGAUAUUGCCAAGAUCUUGACACAUGAGGCCGGCAAGCCGAUCAGAGAAGCUGCAAUUGAAGUUGAUUUCUCCACAGCAUCUUUAUUGUGGUACGCGGGCGAGGCAGAGCGUAUCGAAGGUACUGUUGCGGCUACUUCAUUCCCUCCUGGCCGGAGAGCAUUUACCAUAAAACAACCAAUCGGUGUCGCGGUUGGGUUACUACCAUGGAACUUUCCAAUCAGCAUGCUUUUGCGUAAAGUCGGCCCAGCGCUCGCAGCUGGAUGUACGAUGAUCGUGAAACCUAGUCCAGAAACGCCUCUUAGUGCAUUAGCUCUUGCUUACUUGGCUGAAAAGGCUGGUUUCCCACAAGGUGUCAUUACUGUGUUAACAACAGAUCUCGAUAAUACUCCGAGUCUAAGUGAGGCUCUUUGCAAGCAUCCACUCGUCAGGAAGGUCACAUUCACUGGAUCGACGCGUGUGGGAAAGAUUAUUGCUGCUCAUUGUGCCGAGGGCGUUAAGAAGGUUACACUCGAGCUUGGUGGAAACUCUCCAUAUAUCGUAUUCAAUGAUGCCAAUCUCGUCCAAGCUGCCAUGUCGUUGAUGAUGGUGAAAUGGAUGAAUGCCGGCCAAGCCUGCAUUUCCGCCAACCGUGUUUACGUACAGUCUGGGGUUUAUGAAAAGUUUGCAGAAAUGGUAAAAGAGCACGCUAGCAAGAUUGUCGUGGGACAUGGCUCUGCUCCUGGUACCACCAUGGGUCCGUUAACAAGCCCCCGUGGCCUUGAUAAAGUUUUGAAUCAGAUUGAUGACGCCACAAAAUUUGGUGCCAAAGUAAUUCUAGGCGGCCAUCGUGUGUCCAACAACCCCGGAUACUUCAUAGAGCCAACGAUUAUCAAGGACAUGACACCUGAGAUGUUAAUAUCUCGCGAAGAAAGCUUUGCGCCUGUCCUGGCGUUGUUUAAGUUUGAAACGGAAGAAGAGGUUACAAACUUGGCUAAUGAUACCAGUAUGGGAUUGGCCAGUUAUGUAUUCACCAAGGACGUCGAUCGCAUCUGGCGCAUGUUCGAGAAUCUGGAGGCCGGUAUGGUAGGACUAAAUUCUGCUCAAUCUUCUACAAUGGAAACGCCGUUCGGAGGUACCAAGGAGUCCGGCUAUGGCAAGGAACAAGGCAAGCAUGCUAUUGAGGAGUAUUUGAUUACCAAGACUGGUGUUCUGGCACUUGAGGGGCAAAUUUAA